AUGUUACAACUUCCUUCCGUUAGUGACCAUCUAAGCUCCAAAAAUAUAGAAGAACUGAAAGAGGUAUUUCAAUUAUUCGACACCGACAAGGAUGGCUCGAUCACAUCCAGAGAGCUGAAGACCGUUUUGAACGCCCUAAGGAUCGAUACGACGGAUCAGGAGACAAAAGACAUGAUAAGUUCGAUAGACCUGGACGGUGAUGGUACAGUAGAUUUCGACGAGUUCUUACGUAUGAUGUCUGGAGCAUAUUCAGGAAAGUCAGAAGAUCAAAGUAACCUCGAAAAAGCCGAACAGGAAGAAUUAAGACACGCAUUUCAAGUAUUCGAUAUAGAUGGAAACGGUUACAUUGAUGCGAGAGAACUUAAAAUAACAAUGAGCAAACUCGGUGAGAAUUUGUCUGAUCGAGAAGUGAAGCGAAUGAUGAAGAUGGCUGACAGAAAUAACGACGGAAAGAUAGACUACGAAGGUAUCAUUAGUUUGUAA